AGCUUCCAUUUGUGUUCAUUUUCUCUCUUAACCUUCACUACUUAUCCAAAAAUGAUGCGCCGUGUUCUCGCUCAGCCCGCCGCCCGCCGUGUGGCCGCCGCCUCCAGUGCGCUGGUCGUGUGCCCCCGCAAGGCCUCCACCGUGGCCAUCUCCGUUCAGGGCCUGCACUACGUCGGCACCGGCCUGGCCGCCAUCGCCCUGGCUGGUGUGGGUAUGGGUAUUGGUACGAUCUUCGGCUCCCUGCUGAUCGCCUGCGCUCGCCAGCCGAACCUGACGAAGAUGCUCUUCAACUACGCCAUUCUUGGCUUUGCCCUGACGGAGGCCAUCGGGCUGUUCGCUCUGAUGCUUGCCUUCCUGAUGCUCUUCUCGUAA